AUGGAGCUGGGUUAUCCUCUGCUGCAGAACUGGUGGUCUCGGAGGAAGAUCAAGCAGACAGAGAGGGAAGAGAGAACACGAGGGGGACAGAAUUUGGAGAUCAAAGUACAGCUUCCUCAGUGGGACAUAGACUGGAACCUGCAGCCCAUGAACGCCCACGGACUGGUGGAUGAGUACCUGGAGAUGGUUCUCCAGUUUGGUUUCACCACGAUCUUUGUGGCUGCAUUCCCAUUGGCUCCUCUACUGGCUCUGCUCAACAACAUCAUCGAGAUACGACUGGACGCCUACAAGUUUGUCACCCAGUGGAGGAGACCCAUGCCUGCCAGAGCCACAGACAUAGGUAUCUGGUACGGUAUCCUGGAGGGGAUCGGCGUGCUGGCUGUCAUCACCAACGCCUUCGUCAUCGCCAUCACCUCCGACUACAUCCCCCGCUUUGUCUACGCGUUCAGAUACGGACCCUGUGUGGACAAGGAGUACCACCACGAGAA